AUGUUACUCAGAGUAAACAUUGCAUUCAACUUCAAAGAGCAUGUACUGAGAAGAUCUUUUCAUUCAUUGACUAAUCUACAGAAAACUCAAGUAAAAGAGAGAUUGCAGGAGCUAGAACGGCAUGAUUUCAUAUUAAAUAAAACGUCCAAGCAAUUGGAAAGCUUGAAAUCCAAGAAAAGAAGACAUUUAAAGAAAUUACAAAAGUCUGCCUACCCCAAGGAUCAAGCCCUUCAUAUUCUUCGCAAAAUCCAUAAUGUAAAUAAUGAAACAUUGGCGGAUGCUAAACUGGGUCCUACUAGUCAGGCAGACUUGAAGUUUUUGGCCUUAACCAAGGAUAAGAGAUUGUUUUAUACCAUAUUAGGUGUGAAUGGUGAACAACUACGUGACGCCAAAUUAAUUGCCAAAGAUGUUCAAAAAUUUUUAAAGAGAGGACAACUAGAAAAAGCCGUCUUCUUAGCCAGGUUAGCUAAAAAGAAGGGCGUUGUUGGGAUGAAUUUGAUUAUGAAGCAUUAUUUUGAAAUUGUAAAGUCUCAACAAAAUGCUGUUGAUAUUUUUAAUUGGCGGAAAAAAUGGGGGAUCCCCAUUGAUGAGCAUUCAAUCACAAUUCUUUUCAGUGGAUUUUCAAGGCAAGAUAACCUGGUCUCCAAAAAAUAUGGCGAACUUGUUCUAAAGAUAGUAGACGGUUUGAAUGAUAAAAAUGAGCUUACUGAAAUGGAAUAUAAUACUGCUCUGGCGGCAUUGAUAAAUUGUACCGAUGAAACGCUGGUGUUCAAGCUUCUUAAUAAAAAAUGUCCAGGUUUGAAAAAGGAUAGCAUCACAUAUACGUUGAUGAUUAGGUCAUGUACCAGGAUUUCUGACGAGAAAAAUUUCAUGGUGGUACUCAAUGAUUUGAUCAACAAGAUUCCGCGCCAUUGUGUCGAUCCCAAAUUGUUUUUUGCAUACUGUGAAGUGAUAUGUAAUCGGAGGUUUUCAAAAAUUGAAAAUCAAGACAUGGGACUAUGGGCUUUGUCUGAAUACUUUCAAUUUGAUAAAACCAUAUUCAGAAAAUAUUUGCAACCCAGCGGAUUUCCAGAAUUGGUUCCACUUAGUUAUUGGGAUAUUAAUGAACCAUUUCCUCUUAAUACGCAUGUUAUGGGAUUGUUUAUGAACUAUUGUUUAAAAAAUAAGAAAUUUGAUCUUGCUAUCGAAGCAUUUCAAGCAUUAGAGGCUCGGAACAACAAAAUGUUAGAUUUGGACAUAUAUCAUAAAUACAUGGAAACUCUUACGACAGCCAGACCUACCACAUGUGGUGAGGAGUGCCUGGACAUCUAUGAACGUAUAGAUUUAUCGGCACCGCACAUUUCGAUUACCAAGAGGUCGUUGAUUUUGGUUUAUAAUGCUUUCCAAAGACAAAGUCUCAAAGCCGUUACGAACAAGGAUGAAUCGAAAACCGAAAACCUUUUGCGCAAGAUCAGAAAAUUUAUUGAUAGUACGGAGGCCAAGUACUCAUCAAAACUGAAUUGUAAGGUUUAUGGCUUGAAAUCAUGGAAAUUCUUAUUUCCUAUCCUAAAAAGUCUGAACAUGCAUGAUAAAGUAGCUACGGUGGAACUGAAAAGCGUAUUGGACGAAUACUUGAAAUUUUUGUUGAUUGUUGCGGUUGAAAAUGGGGUUGAAGCAAGCCCAGAAGACAGGCGGUUCGUCGCAUUAGAAGGAAUCCGUUUAGUAAAAAUUUUAACCGAAAGGAUCAAGCUGCCGACACUGGAUAGUGAGGAGAUAGCCACCUUAAAAGGCAUUGAACGGAGCAAAUUUCUUGCCAGAAGACAUCUCUUGAGGCUUAAGCAAAUGCUACUGGAGGAUUUAGCGGAUAUCGAGGGCAUGCCAGAAAAUAAGAAUGGUGGUGAAAAUAAUAAUAUUGAUGCCAAUAGAGAAGGUGUUUUUGAAGACGUAGUGGAGCUGAUACUAGAAACCAGCUAUGAAAGGUUCUAA